AUGAAUCGCCCUCCCAUAGUCCAGCAAGAAGGAACUACAAAAAAGGGUGAGGGUCUUGCUCAACUUGCUGCAAUUGCAGAUGUGGUUUCACGUCGAAGUACCGAUGUGGUAGUCCCAGCUGGAUCUGAUCGAGUUGUUGAGAACCCUGCUGCUCCACCGAUGAAGAGAUCCAUCGAUAGUGGGGAUGAAAACUCGGAACCUUUGAAGAAGAGGUUACGAGAAGAAGAGCCAGACACCGAUGCAAACGGAAAGGUGAUCCAAUUUCGUCAGUACCAAGCCGAGAUUUGGAGUGAAAAGUUUGAAGACUUGAUUGAAUUUCGCAAGAUGUUUGGGCACUGUCAUGUUCCACACUACUAUCAACAGAAUGCACCUUUGGCCCAGUGGGUCAAGCGACAAAGAUACCAGUACAAAUUGAAGGUAGACGGAAAACGCUCGACCUUGAGUGAUGAACGUAUCCGAUUGCUAAAUAAGAUUGGUUUCAUCUGGAAUUCGCAUGAUGCCGUUUGGGAGGAAAGGUGGAAUGAACUUGCAAUAUACAAACGACUUCACGGAGAUUGUGUUGUACCUAGCAACUACGAAAAGAAUCCCCAACUAGCAGUUUGGGUCAAACGUCAAAGACGUCAAUAUAAAUUUUGGAACGAAAACAACCCUACCAGCAUGACCAAAGAGCGUAUUGACAAGUUGGAAAAGCUUGGCUUUGCAUGGGACUGCCGGAAGAAGGACAUUGGAUCAUUUCCAGAAAAGCGUGUGAAUGAUGAACCGCAAAAUGUUGUCAGACCACCUUCCAAUAAUAUCAAUCUUUUUGGUCAACCUGUUGUUGGAAUUCCAGCAAGUCUUCCAUCGGGAUACCCCAAAUGCGAGUUUCUCUCCUUUAGCCGCAAGUUUCACUAUGUUGGAAAAAAGUGA